AUGGAGAAAAUGUCAGUGUCAGCAUUCCUGCUUCUUGUGGCCCUCUCCUAUACUCUGGCCAAAGACACCACCGUGAAAGCUGGAGCCAAAAAGGACUCUAAGCCCAAACUGCCCCAGACCCUCUCCAGAGGUUGGGGCGAUCAACUCAUCUGGACUCAGACUUAUGAAGAAGCCCUAUACAAAUCCAAGACUAGCAACAGACCCUUGAUGAUAAUUCACCACCUGGACGAAUGCCCACACAGUCAAGCUUUAAAGAAAGUGUUUGCUGAAAGUAAGGAAAUCCAGAAAUUGGCGGACCAGUUUGUUCUCCUCAACCUGGUUUAUGAAACGACAGACAAGCACCUCUCUCCCGAUGGCCAGUAUGUCCCCAGAAUUCUGUUUGUGGACCCAUCCCUGACAGUGAGGGCAGACAUCACUGGAAGAUACUCAAACCGUCUCUACGCUUACGAACCUUCUGACACUGCUCUGUUGCUGGACAACAUGAAGAAAGCACUCAAGCUGCUGAAGACAGAAUUGUAG